CUCACACGGUCAGGGUGGGCUAAAUGGGAACAUGGGCACGCACAAACAUAGUUAGCAUGAGGGGUUGGCAGAGGGGCGUCCUGCAGUUGCUCAGUGACAAACACACACACUCACAAAGAGGAGUUGGACCCCAAGGCUAAAACCUGGAGGUUCCCUGCUUUCGUACGUCAAGGAUUACACUGGAAUUUACGUAUUUCAUAGUUGGGAUUUAAUUUGAGCUGGGUUGGAUCGCCUCUGGACGACCCGUGUGGAUAUUUAAUGCAACUCGUCGCUGCUCGCGUGGGUGCGGACACAAUCCAGAGUCUGAGUGUGAGGGUGAAGGAGAAGAGCAGCAGAUAGACAAGAACAAAUAGCCAUACGUGGUGAAAGGGGAAACUCAUACCGUGGAUAGAGGGUGUUAACUCGUGAAGUGUUUGAACCGUCUGAUCGUCUGUUAGCCUCCUGAAGCGGAGGAGAGAUGUCGAGGCCUCCUUCCUCCCAGACCACCCCUCAGUUCCAGAGGGUCAGCGAGAGAGAUCUCACAGAGAUCGAGCUCCACUCUGUGGACUCCAUCAGCGACCUCCACCGGACACACCAUGAUCACAGCCACAAAGUGAUGAGGCCUCCUCGUCCUGCUUACACACCCUCACAGAAUGGGAACCUCUACACAUUUGACGCGAUGGCUGUCAAUCAAACAGGCCGCCCGGUUGGCAGCAAAUGGCAGAGCCGUCUACAGGAUAUGCUGACGCCCAGUUCAUCACAUGCCUACGCAAUGGGCUGCGCUAUUAUCUCUUUGCUACUGCUAACCGUGUUACUCAUCUUCUACUUUUUGGUCCAGCAGGGCGGCGCAGUUCGGAUGCUGACCGAGGCUCUGAGGGAGCGAGAGGCCGCGGCCACAGAGCUGUCACUGCUGAUCCAAGAGCUGCAGACGCUGAGACACAACCUGACAGCCAUCAGAGGGGCAACAUGAGGAAAUGUUUACAACAAUAAACAUGCUCACUGUUAAUAAAGGCCAUCGGAUGCCUUCAAGUGCAGUAAAACUGUGUUUUACACUGGAUUUACCUUGAAGAGGAAACUUUUUUUUCUAACUAGAUGUAUCUAAAGGAAAUAUUUUACUAAGAGAUGGGAGGUUUCCACUCUCUCCUGCCCCGGCCACUGUGUGAAAAGGACUUUUGAAUGAACUCAGACACUAUUUGCUCUGCGAUGGCGCUAUCAUUAAAGCAUAAUAAGAGAUCAGAUAAAAAUGAAUGGAGGCAUCAUUACAUAGCACGACACACCCUGGAUGCCUUGAGCAAAUCCCGUUCAGUGUUAUUGCUCAAAAUAAUCCAGUCUUUAGACUGCUGCCAUUGUCCCACACCAAGUGUGUUUACUGUAAGUGACUUUUAAAAGCCUCCAGCUCAGCUGUGUCAUGAUGUGUGGGUACAUGCAGGACAGCACACACUCAAAAUAUGGUGGACUGACAAAAUGUACAACUGCCUCUUAUUACAAAAAGAAAUCAAUAAAUGUGAUAAAUAGUG